GGCAGAGACAAAAGUGUGCGACACAGACAGGAGUGUGAGAAGUGACUGUGUUUAGAGUGUGGAGCAGUUCUGAAUCAUCCAAGACAGACCGGAUUCACCAAGUCAAGGUUCUGAACAACGAAGAUGAUGAGAACAACAGAUUUACUCUUCAUCACCAUCAGUCAUAGUGUCUCAUUCAUGGGUAAAACCUGGUGGAUGCUGAUGCCACUGUUGCGUCUGCUGGUGGUGUUUCUGGCUGGCUUCACCCUCUUCAGUGAUGAGCAGGAGAGAUUUAUCUGUAACACCAUCCAGCCAGGUUGCUCUAACGUCUGUUUUGACGUGUUCGCUCCCAUGUCCGUGCUGCGUCUCUGGUUCUUCCACCUCAUUCUUCUCUGUCUUCCACAUGCCAUGUUUGCCACUUAUGUCAUGCACAAGCAGCUGGCAUACCCACGCUUUGGAGCGCUCCACUGCGACAGGAGUCAAGGAGGUUCGCUGGAUAACUCGAGCUCCUCGAGAGAACUGUCCUUGCACAAGGCUCCACUUCAUGACUUCCCACGCGAAUGGGGAGCUCCUCGCUUCCACUGUGCCUACACCUUUGCUCUAACACUACGAAUCCUUCUAGAAACUGUUUUCGGCGCAGCCCAAUUUUAUUUGUUUGGUUUGUCCGUUCCAAAGAGUUUCCUCUGUUACGAAGCUCCCUGCACUUCAGGGGUGGAAUGCUACAUCUCGAGACCGACUGAGAAGACCUUAAUGCUCCACUUCAUGCUGGGCGUGGCCUUGCUGUCCAUCCUGCUGAGUCUCUUAGACCUGGUGAGCACCAUGAAGGCCAUGGUGAGAUGGAGGAGGAAGCGGGAGAUGCUGGUGGACGAGAUGAGCAAAGGCGAACAAAGCAGCGUGUUUACGGCGAUGACUGUAGCUGAAGACAGUGAUGUCCUGUCCACAAGUAGAAUCAGUCCAGGUAGGAGCUCAGUAGACGCAGUCAAAGAUGAAAAACCAAACCAGCUGAUAAAAGAAAAUGGUGGACCCACCCGUAAAAUUAGUUCAUCUACCAACGAGAGGAUCCAAGAGAAGAAAGAAGCCAAAGCAGACGUGCCUCGUUCACCAACUCCCAUGAGCAAUCCAGUGCCAGCUCACUUUGUCCUCCACAGCCAGCUCAGACCUCCACUGUCCCCGCGUCCAGACAGAGGACCACCACUCAACUCCAGGACACCAACACCCAUUGGUGUCGGACAGCCGGGCCUGAGCAGCCCAGUGAAAACAAACUCCAGCCAACAUUCGGACUGCAGCGAUUCUCAGGACAAGAGGGCGUGGGUGUAGUUUUUCUGUUCAAAUAAGUGUUUUAACUGGUUAAUUAUCAAUAAACCCAGGAACAAAAUCAAUCUUUUGUCAUAAUAUCAAUACUGACCAAUGUGAGUUGAACUUUAAUUGUUUUAAUUAUCGAUAUCAGCUGAUUUUAAAGUUUUAUUUUUUGGCCGUAUUACCCAGCACUAAAAUAAAUACUAGUAGCAAUACUUAUAGCUCCUUAUUUAAGUUUUUAAUGAAACUCUCCUAUUUUGGAAGGAGCAAUGAUUAGCUGGCAAUAUAUCUUGUUAGCUAAUUACUGCUAAUUUUGUUUGGCUUUUGUUUCGCUGACAGAUGACGCUCUUGCUAGCUUCAUUGCUAAUUUUGUUUGGCCGUGGUUUUUGGUAACAAAAUUAGUGACAAUAAGCUAGCAAGAUAUCAUGACAAUCAUUGAUCUUUUUGCCAAUUACUUUGAUUCUUGCCUGGUAAAAAAUUAAAUUAGCAAUAAUUAGCCAGCAAGACAUCCUGCUAAUCAAAGCUAAUUUUGUUUUGGCUCUCGUUCUGGUACCAAAUGUUCAGCCAAAAUACAAUUAGCAAUGAUUAGCUAGCAAGAUAAAUAUCUAGGUUUAGAUAAAGAAUGAUUUGGGAAAUGUGUGGAGAAAAACAAGCUCAAGGAAACUGGACUUACAUUUAUUUUGUGAACAGAAAGAACAAAAAUAGUAGGAUAAUGUUGCGUGUUAGCUAGAUAUGGUUCGCUAACUUGUUUGCCAAAGCUGUCGAUUAGCCUCCUACUGGUCACUGCCUGUCAUUAUGUAAACAUUUGUAAUCUCUGAAUGUAAACAGGUCAAGAGUUUAACUGAUUUAAAAUGAAAGCGAUACAAAGUGACAUUUCUGUACUUUUGAAUUUACAGCAUCAAGUUUACUGUGCAUGCUAAC